AUGCAGUCAAUGAAUCGUCCAACUUUCCUUGCAAUCAAGAACCAUUCGCCAGAGAAGCCAGUCAUUGUCUUCGUUGCUUCUCGCCGACAAACCCGUCUGACUGCUAAAGACCUGAUCAAUUACUGCGGUAUGGAGGACAAUCCUCGUCGAUUUGUGCGAAUGUCUGAAGAUGAUCUGGAGUUGAACCUCACGCGGGUGAAAGAUGAUGCCUUAAAAGAAGCCCUCAACUUUGGUAUUGGUUUGCAUCAUGCUGGUUUGGUUGAAUCUGAUCGUCAACUGGCAGAGGAACUCUUUGCCAACAAUAAGAUUCAAGUUCUUGUGGCGACUAGUACUCUUGCUUGGGGUGUUAACCUUCCAGCGCAUCUUGUCGUGGUCAAAGGCACACAGUUCUUCGACGCUAAGAUCGAAGGUUAUCGGGACAUGGACUUGACCGAUGUUCUGCAAAUGCUCGGUCGCGCCGGUCGCCCGCAGUUCGACACCUCCGGUAUUGCGCGCAUCUUCACCCAGGACUCAAAGAAGGCUUUCUACAAGCACUUCCUCCACACCGGUUUCCCAGUCGAGUCGACCCUACACAAGGUUCUCGACAACCAUCUUGGCGCCGAGGUAUCUGCUGGAACUAUUGGGACGCAACAAGAUGCGUUGGACUACUUGACUUGGACAUUCUUCUUCCGUCGAUUGCACAAGAACCCUUCGUACUAUGGCCUCGAGAUAUCUGCCGAGGAACAAAACACGAUGGCAGCGCAAGCUAUAGCUCAAGAUUUCAUGGUUGAAUUGGUUGGAAAGUCGCUCAAUGACCUCGCAGAAUCGUCUUGUGUUCUCGUGGACUCGGCGACCGGAGAGGUCGACUCUACUCCCUUCGGCAAGAUCAUGAGUUACUACUACCUAUCGCACAAGACGAUCCGGUACCUCGUGUCCCAUGCCAAGCGUGAUCCGACUUUCCAGGAUGUCUUGAGCUGGAUGUGUUCCGCAACGGAAUUCGACGAGCUGCCAGUUAGACACAAUGAAGAUCUGAUAAAUGCUGAGCUGGCCCAGAACUUGCCGCUGUCUAUUGACUGCAUGGGCGAUGCGCCCCUCUGGGACCCACAUACCAAGGCGUUCCUCCUCCUACAGGCCUACAUGUCGCGGAUCGAUCUUCCCAUCACUGACUAUGUUGGUGAUCAGACAUCCGUGCUCGAUCAAGGCAUUCGUAUCAUCCAGGCCUCGAUCGAUGUGAUGGCUGAGCUCGGGUAUCUUCCUGCGUGUCAAAUGCUCAUGACUCUCCUGCAAUGUAUCAAGUCGGCGCGCUGGCCUGAAGACCACCCGUUGUCAAUUUUGCCAGGCGUUCCGACCGAGAAGCCACGCAGCGGUCUCCCCGGAACUCUUGUGUCGCUCUCGUCACAACCUGCUGGUGCAGUUGCUGCUCUUGUCAAGAAAUUAAAUCUUCCAUUCAACUUUACUCGCAUUACGUCCCAGCUCCCUCACCUGUCGGUCUCGGUUGCGGCUGUUUCUGCUAAGGGCGUUGAUGUGUCUCUGACACGGCGUAACCAGCCCACGACCCCCGAAUGCAAGGUCUACGCCCCUCGAUUCCCCAAGCCACAAACCGAGGGAUUCUUCUUGAUUGUUUGCAGUGCUCUGCCCAAUGGCAUGGAUGGUGAAUUGCUUGGCCUGAAGCGCGUCUCCUGGCCACCAGUAUCUAAGCGCAAUGGCAACGGCAAGAGUAACGGCAACCACGGUGCUGGUUCCAGUCGUGGAGGGCCUGUCAGUGAUACCAAGGGCGGCAUGUUGACCAUUCGCUCCAAUGUCAAAUUCCCUAAAGGCAUCCUCGAGGAAUCCACGAGUAACAGUACGGCUCGGGUGAAUAUCAGAGUCAUCAGUGACUCAUACGUUGGGAUGGCAUGGACUGUCUCUAAUGUCGAGGUUAGUUUAGAUGCUGGCAUCGAGACGCAGACUGUGGCAGAGUCCAGUGUUCCUACCAAGGACUAG